GGGAAAGGGAAAAUAAUAGGAAUACUACCUCCCCAAAAACCUACACAAGUAAUAUACCCACCGUACCCCCCAUGAAACCACCAUUUCCACCGCCGUCCUCCACCGUCAUAUCACCUCUGCCGGCGGUUCCGUCGCCGCUUCAUUAGCAAUUUCCAAUUAUACCCUUCUUUCAAAUAAACGAGUCCAUUUUUUGAUGGCGAAAACCUCAAAAAAGGACAGUUCCAGCAGUGGCGGGGGCAGCAACGACGACAGUAACUCUCCCGCCGCUAAUAAAGCGAAACGGUCGCGAAAAAGCGUCCCGAGAGACUCCCCUCCCCAACGUAGCUCCGUUUAUAGAGGCGUCACCAGGCACCGGUGGACGGGGCGAUAUGAAGCUCAUCUAUGGGAUAAGAACUGUUGGAAUGAAACCCAAAGUAAGAAAGGAAGACAAGGAGCCUAUGAUGAUGAAGAAGCAGCAGCACAUGCAUAUGACUUGGCAGCAUUGAAGUAUUGGGGACAAGAUACCAUCCUUAAUUUUCCAAUUGAUGGUUAUGAAAAAGAGAGAAACGAAAUGGAAGGACAAACAAAGGAGGAGUAUAUUGGUUCUCUGAGAAGAAAAAGCAGUGGAUUUUCUAGAGGUGUCUCGAAAUAUCGUGGCGUAGCAAGGCACCAUCACAAUGGAAGAUGGGAGGCACGCAUUGGAAGGGUGUUUGGAAACAAAUAUUUAUAUCUUGGAACUUAUGCUACACAAGAGGAAGCAGCCACGGCUUAUGACAUGGCAGCCAUAGAGUACAGAGGGCUUAACGCCGUCACCAACUUUGACCUCAGCCGUUACGUCAACUGCCUCCGCCCGGACCAAAACCCCAACCCAACAAGUGACGGCGUUAGUCAUGAUGAUGAGCUCACGCUAGACACCAGCCAACAAGAAGAGCUGAUCCGCUUCCACCAUCACCACCCCGCCGACCAAAGCUCCGGCAACGGCUCACCGGAAACCGCCUCGCCGCCACCGCCGCCGUCACGGGUCCACAAAGACUUCCUCUCUUCAGCAGAUGAGGAUAAUUGUCCGAUGACGCCGCCGCCGGAGCGGCGGGUCCCGCCAAGGGGGCGAAGCUUCCCGGACGACAUACAGACGUACUUCGACAACUGUCACGACACGAGCGGCUUCUUCGAGGAACAUGACAUCAUCUUCGGCGACUUGAACGCAAUCGAAUCGUCCAUCUUCCAAUGUGAACUUGGUGAAUGAUUAAUAUCUUCCCAUCAUGUUCAAAGUUCAAAAUCCAUUACUAUACUCUUAUACAAAGUUCAAAGCUCAUGUUGUGAAUACAGAGUACACAAAUGUUAUGUUAAGUGAUUAAAGAUAAGUUUUGAAAGACUAUAAGUAGAGGGGUAGUUGAGAGUUUUUUUUUUUAAUUUUAAUUUUUUUAGAUAUGAUAUUUUAUAAACUAGAAUUUUCUUGGUUCUUGAAUGGGUGGAGACCAAGAAGAAUGUCAUUAUAUUAAAAAUUUCAUACUAUA